AUGGAAAUGAAUUUUCGGACCGAUGAAGGAGUUCGCUUUCGGAAAGUGAAAGCAAAUUUUGGUAUCGAUGAUGAAAGCAGUGAAUUAGAGGAAUCAGAUGUUGUUGAUCGAUUCAGAGAAGAGGCGCAAGAAGGAAGCUCUGAUAUAUCACCCUGUUCCUGGGAAGAACAUGGUGAUAGAGAAUGCCUGGAUGUGCCAAGUUUUUGGAACUACAUAUGGGGUGAACUUACGAGGGGAUAUUCUCUUGACAACGAUGAAUUGCGUUAUGCAGAAAAACAGAAAAAAAUAAGUGCAUUUUUGAGGAUACCAAUUGAAUUAGAGAAAUUUUUGUUUUAUGGUACAUUGCAAUGUCUGGAAGCAUUUUGCCACUUAUCUACAUUUCUGCCAAUUCGUCUAUUGAUGUCUGUUGUUGGUUCGUUAUUAUGUUCUAGAAAAUGGAUUGCAUCCAAUACUUGUGAUUUUUUAAAAGCUUUCAUUGUGACAAUUUGUUCAUAUCUCAUGACUUUGAUUGAUACAUCGGUAAUGUAUCACCAGGUUCGAGGCCAAGGUGUAAUUAAGCUUUAUAUUUUUUAUAAUAUGCUCGAAGUAGCCGACAAGUUAUUUAGUAGUUUCGGUCAAGAUAUUUUUGAUGCCUUGUUUUGGUCGAGUACACAUUCGUCAUCAAGUUAUGUACGGAUGUUUGUGCACCUAUUCAUUGCAGUCAUUUAUACUUGGCUACAUACAAUACUCGUCUUAUUACAAGCUACAACUUUAAAUGUAGCUUUUAAUUCACAUACGCAAGCAUUGCUUGCUAUAAUGAUGUCCAAUAAUUUUGUGGAACUAAAAGGAUCAGUCUUCAAAAAAUUCGCCAAGGCAAAUCUUUUCCAGAUGUCUUGCAGUGAUGUCCGUGAACGCUUUCAUAUCUUUACUUUAUUAGCAGUUGUGGUUGUACGAAAUAUGAUGGCGGUUAAUUGGAAAUUCGAGCAUUUCGUGGAAAUGUUGCCAGACCUUGCCUUGGUAACGAUUGCUGAAAUAAUCGUUGAUUGGUUAAAACACGCUUUUAUCACUAAGUUCAACGAAAUACCAGCAGAGGUAUAUCAAGAUUUUACAAUAACAAUUGCUUUUGAUGUCAUUCGAAGUCGUGGAGAGAAAGCCUUUUCAGAUUAUUCAGAUCAGGUAUCAAGACGAAUGGGUUUUAUACCUAUUCCAUUAACAAUUUUGCUGAUACGCGUUAUUACGCAAACAUUUGAUUUCACCAUUACAUCCGUGCAGCUUAUUUUUUGUCUCACAUGGCUUUUGUUAUUGACAUUGAAAAUAGUAAAUGGUAUCGUUGUGCUUGGAAAAGCAUGUGGACAUGUGAAACAUUAUCGUGAACUUCAGGAAAAGGCGGAAUGUGAAAUCUUCCGGAGAAGAGUGCUGAUGAAGAAAAGUAAAAGUGCUCCGAAUUCACCAAGAAUAAGUUUAAUUGAUUUCAGUGAUGUUCUUCAUCAGCCAUCAUCAAACAAAGGUUUUACUGUAUCAGAUCUAAUAUCCCAUUGGGAUGAAUUAAAUCAAAGUGUGGAAACUACUCCCACUCCAGAGCCGCGAAGGACAAAAUCGUUGGCUAUUUUUAAAUCUCGAAGAGAUAAUUCGUUGCCAUCUCAUACUGCUAAUGCUGAGAAGGACGAAAAGGAAGAUGUGUCAGAAGUCGCAGAUCAGUCAAAGAAUACUCCGAGGAAACGCACUAGAACUACUGGAUGUGAAAGUCUUUCUGAUGUUCAGGCAUAUACAAUGCUUGAUAAUGCGACGGAACCUAUGGAGAUACAAUCAUGA